CAUUCUCAAGAGGACUUUUUCUUGCUAAGCCAGAUAUAGGGUUGUGUGUUGCUUGUAGCAAUUCCCCUGUUCCCUGACCUGUAGGACAAUUGUGUGCCAAAAGAUGCAUUGUUGCACUUACUCUACACUAGUAGAGGUGCACUUAGAAUAUCUUGGGAGAGUUUCAUGUACCUAUAGGAAAGAUGUGCAAUGUGUGGAGAAGCUUUAGAGUACCCUUCCCCAACUCCCGAUGAUAUUAGAUUCCAACUCCUGUACUGUCAAUUACCAGGAAAGCUGGGAUUUGUAAUCCAGCAAAGUUUGUCCACCAUAUGAAAGACCUGAUGAAUGGAAAUGCAAGAACUGACUUUGUGUAUGUAUUUGUGUGUGUGUGUGUGUGUGUAUUUUAGCUGACCACUGUUGCAGAGAAGUCAAGAAUUCGUCAGCUUGAGGAAGAGUUGUCCUUAACACGAACAGAGGUGGAGGACCUGAGACAGUGUUUGAAGGCCUCCAAUCAGCCAGAGUCUCCAGACCACAGCCUUGGCCUGCAAACCGAAGCCCUCCGUCUGCGGGAUCGGCUGCUUUCGGCCAACAAGGAGCACCAGCAAGAAAGCAUCCAGCUGAAGGAGAAGCAUGAGAGGACCCUGAAGAAGCAUCAGCAAGAGAUUGAGAAGUUGAAAGCUCUCAAUGACAAAUACUCCCAAGAAAUUGUGGACCUUAAGCAUAAAGUCCAGCAGGCCACCAAUGAGAAUAUGGGUCUAAUGGACAACUGGAAGUCCAAGCUGGACACGUUGGCAUCCGAUCAUCAAAAGUCACUAGAAGACCUCAAGGCUACCUUGAACACGGGGCCUGAUACCCAGCACAAGGAGAUUGUGGAGCUGAAAGCUGUGGUGGAGAGCAUCAAGAUGGAGCACCAGCUGGAGCUAGAAAACCUGAAAGCCAAGCAUGACAUUGAAAUGGCCGUCCACGUGAAAGAGAAGGAAAGCCUGAAGUUGAAGCUGCAAGAAGCCAAGGAUGAGGUGGAAGAAAACAACAACAACUGGAAGACGCAGCUGGAAACCAAGACCAACCAACACCUCGUUGAAAUCCAGGCUCUCAAAGACAAGUGCCGAGAUGCAGAUCUCCGUGUGCAUGAGCUGGAGAAGCUGCAUAGUGACUACAAAGAUCAGGCACAAGCCAUUGCUUUUUUGAAAGAGCAGGUAUCUCUGGCUGAGAAAAAGAUGCUGGACUAUGAGACGCAGAAACCAGAGAGCCAGAGUAAACAAGAGAUCCAGCGGUUGCAAGAAACAAUUCUGGUGUUAGAGAACAAGUUGCAGUCUAUGGAGCCACUUCAUCCUUCUCAGCAUGCCAAUAUGAUUGAAACAAAUGACAUUUCAGAAGAAAAGAUCAAAAUGAAGCAGACCAUGGAAGAUCUUCAGGACAAGCUGAGUAAAAAGGACAAAGAGGUCUCGUCCCUGGUCUCCCAGACCGACACGCUAAGGACUCAAGUAAGUGAGAUUCCCAACUUUAUGUCCUCCCAGGUAAUUUUGGACUUCAACUCCCAGAAGCCCUCUGCCAAACGUGGCUAA